AUGUCGUCGCUCCUUCGCUCCGCCCAGUCGUUGUUCGACAGCCCCGUCCUGCGCUCCUCGAGGUCGCUCCUCGAGUCAACCCUCUUUCGAUCGGCAGAGCCAACGCCCAGCCGCACCGCCGCCGCGCUCGACCUUCUCUUUGGCCCGCCCGUGCCCUACUUUGUCUCAAUCUUCUCACAGGCCUGCCGCCUCAUCGCCGUCGCAAUCGUCCUGCCCAUCUUCUUCGUGGGCCUGCUCGACUUUGCCGGGUAUGCCGUGUUCCGUACCCUCGGUCUUCAUCGCCAGCGAGUCCGCGUCAAGCGGCCCCGCGACUCGACUGGCCCGCCGCAGCGCUUCGUCAAGCGUCAACCGCGCCAGUAUCAGUCCGACCGCGGCCGGCCGACCGACAACUCGAACGUCCCGUCGAUUGUCAAGGCGCCGCUCCUCUCACCGGGCACCUACGACGCCGAGACGCUGCUGCGACACCGCGCCCGCUCGCUCAGUGCCGCGUCGGAGGACUUUGACCGCGAGUACAUCAACAGCGGCGGCUACUUUGCCCGCGUCGGCGUCAAAAAGGGGCGCGGGGCAAGCGGCGACGACGACGCCGACGAUCUCUUGUCGCCUAGUGAAGGCGAGGAGGGCGGCGGCGCCGCCUACCCGCAGUCGCUCCGGGUUCCUGGCAUCGGCGUCGAUGGCGCGCUCGGCUUCAUGGACACCGACGGCGAGAGCGGCACCGAGAGCGGGCGCAACAGCCCCGUCCGCCGCUUUGCCAGCCUCGAGCGACCGUCGCCGGCCCGGAGGCGCGGGCUGAGCGGCGGACUCAAAUUCACCAAGGUCACCGACGACGACGAGCAGUCGCGGAUGCAGAGCCUCACACCGCAAUCGCCGGCGACCGGGGCAGCGGCAGCGACGAACAAGCCGACGACCAAGGCGGCAUCGGAAACGAGCGAGGCGGGCGGCACCGAGAGCAUGGGCGGGUCGUGGAUCGGCAUCGAGACGGGCGAUGAUCCGGCCGCCGUCGUCGACGCUGCCGCAGCAGCCGCGGCCGAUCUCGAACCCACGUCGAGCUUCUGA